GAUUGUUUGAGUGGCGUCUUUUUGAACUACACAACAAAUAUGAUCUCGCCCGAAAAUAAGGAUUUUUCAGACAUAAAUGCAGACAACUCAAGUCAUUUUCAAGCACAAAUUUUGGACUCAAUUUUGAAUGAAGACAUUUCUGACACAGGGGAGGAUUUAACGACUGAAACUAUCUCUAAAGGAAAAUUGAAGCAUGAAAUGCGAAUGUUGCAAACACGCUUUCUGAAUGACUCAACAGCAUUACAAAAUACCAAAAAUCUUUCAAAAGCGAGGGAGGACGAGCUCUUGGAACAAAUUAAAACAUUGUCUAUCAGAUUAAAUUUGGCCACUGCUCGUUAUGAUACACUUUUAGAAGCUACAACUGAAUCUAGUGAAUUAAAAGCUGAUCUAGCUGAAACAAUAGCAUGUAAACGACGUUUAAUAAAUGAGAAUGAAGAAUUACAUGGUCAACUGAAAUCAAUACGUGAAAUUCUACUUACAAAAUUACCUGACAAAUUGGAAAACAUUGAUAUGAAUCAAAUAAAUAUCAGUAAUUAUUCAUUGUUAACUUCAAAAGAAUUUGAUGUAUUAAAUAAUAAAGCUGUGAAUAAUUUAUCAACUUUAGAAUUAGUGAAAGUAUGGCUACAUAGGUUUUUUAGUUUUCUCUCCCAAACUUUUAAUCGUAAUAAUAUCAAUAAUAAAAAUUGUAACAUUGAAACUAAUCGUAAACAUGUACAAUUUGUUGAUACAACAUCGCUUAAUUCAUCAUUAUCAACUGUACAAUUGAUGAAAUGUAAUCAACCUGUAAAACAAUCAAAUCAAUCACAAUCUCAUAUUACAAAUGAUUAUAACUUUGAUAAAAUUGAUUAUGAUCGUGUUGAGGAAAUCAGCUCUAAAGUUAAUAGAAACAUUAUUGAUGAUGACAAAUCUCGUGUUAAUAAUAAUGAAGAUUCUUUUGAAUUACAAGUUAUCCGAAAACAACUGAAUUUAAUGAAAAUAGAUAAAGAAUAUUUUUUGAAACAGCUAUCGAAUCUUCGUAUUCAAUUAUCAACAGCUGAAGAAAAAAUUGCUUCGCAACAAAAAUUAAUUAUUGAAUUAGAAAAUAAUUCAAAUCAAAUGAAUAAAACUAAUUAUUUCUCUAAUCAAACUCAAUUACCAUUAGAUUUGAAUGCAACUAUUAAAAAUCAAACUGGUGAAUUAAGCAAAUUAAUUCAAAGUGAAUUUGAACGAUUAAAAUCUAUUGAUCAAGAAAUACAUAACAAAGAGAUUAACUUUCUUCGAGAACAAAAAGAAAACGCCAUAUCUGCAUAUACAAAUUUAAAAUCACAAUUAAAAGAAACAGAAUGUUUGUUAAAUCAAUAUAAAGAAAAGAUUGACGAAAUGAAAAGCUCUAAUAAGUAUUUGAAUAAUGAAUAUGAUAAUCAAUUGCGUGAACAAAUUAAAACAGCAAUGAUCAAUUUAGAAGUUGAACAAGCUGCUAGAAAAGAUGCAUCUUUAGAAGUUGAAAAACUUAAUGCUCAAUUAGAUGCUAGUAAAAAACUAUACUAUGAAUUAGAAUCCCGAUUCAAUCAAGAGAAAACUGUUUGGAAAAUAAAAGAGGAAAGCUAUGAAAAGAGAUUGCAUUUAUAUGAAAUAACUGAGAAAGAAAUGAAUGAAAUAUUAUUAGACAUACAUUGUGAUAGUCCCAAAUUAACUAACAUCCCAGCAUUUUCUAAUGAUUUAUGCUCCAAGUCGAAGAUAAAUACUGUUAAUUUACUCAAAACUAUACAAAAAUUGAAAUUGGAAGUUAGUAAUCUUCAAAACGAACUUGUCAAAAAGUGUCAAGAAAUUGAAGAAUUAAACAAAAGUAUGAAUUGGAAGUCUAUAACUAAUCAGCCAACUAACUGUUUAUAUCAGACAAUAUCACAAAAAGAUAAUCAAAUUCAUUCAUUAUGCAGUCAGUUAGCAGAUAUUGAAAGAAAAUCAUUACUAUACAAAGAAGAAAGGGAUAAAUUAGCAUCCGAACGUAAUUUACUUUGUGAAGAUUUAGAACGUCUUUUAACAAGGAGACAGAGUUUAACUAAACUACGUGAAUUUAUUAUUUCUUUAUUACAACAAAUACAAUCUAAUUCAAAUGUUAAUUUGAACAAAUCUGUAAAUCAUUUCAAUGAAAAUAGAAUUGAUAAUUCAUUAUUAAAUAGAUUAAUUCUAUCAAACAACAAUAAUAGUAAUAAUAAUAAUCGAAUUUCUAAUAUUCAUCAACAAGUUUAUGAUAUUAUUCGUUCUCCAUAAAAAAAUAACUUGAAAUUGAUCUUUUGUUUGUUUGUUUCUUUGUUGUUGCUGUUGUCUUGUUUUGUUUGUUGUUUUCUUUUCUCAUCUAAAAUAAACUUUUUAUAGAAAUGUUUUUUUUGAAGAAAAAAGAGAGGAAAAUCAAAUGUAAAAAUCAUUGUUUGUACAAAGUAUUUAUUAUUUAAAGCAAUUAAUCCCUUUGAAAACAUUUCGGUAAUUCAAUAAGAAGACAAAGUCUAUCAUAGUUAUGUGAUGUACAUAUAUACAUAUAUCUAUGUGAUAUAUGAUACUGACUUAUUAUCCAGAGUGGCUACCAGAUUGUUUUUCUAUACUUUGUUAUUUUCUUUGUUAUGGCUUACCUUUAACCUGCCUAGUUGACCUUUUAAUUUUUCAUAUAUAUAAAUGUUGUUAACAAGUAUAUUACGUGUGAUUAGAUUGUUCGAAAUGUAUUGCGCUAAUUUACCAUAUAGUUCUGAUCAACUUUGUCUUCUGAUUGCAUUAUCGAAAUGUAUCAUUUAAACAAUAUUAUCACUUUCAAUUGAAGUUUGUUUAAUUUCUUUUUUCUUUUGUUUUCUUUCUUUCUUUUUUUAAAAUCGAUAAUAUUUUCCAAUAUUUUAAAGGUUGAUUUAAAGUAUUCAUUUAAUUGUAUUAAAUUAAUUUAUAUUUUGUUCAAAUUAUGAUUUAAUAAAAAUUGAAUGAUC